AUGGCGAAGAGUGAUUUUGUUCAAGGCAAAAAGCUGAAAGCUCUAAUUCAAAACGAGUCGUUGGAUGAUGCAAGUGCUGAUUCACUUGCGAAUUUGUUUCAGCAAGUGAUGGCGAAGAAUCGUGAGUACGACUAUGAUCAAAUCACAAAGAAACUACUCAAAGGUCCCAAAGGGCCUCCUGAAAUCAUCAAAGGUGAAGCACAUGAAACUCCAAAAGCGAGUACAAAGAAGCAUACGUACGUUCCGCAAUCAACUGACGCAGACUUUAAUAUGGACGAGCCCACUGCACCUGAAGAUUCAUCCGACGAUUUCUACAGAGGAGUAAAUAACGUUGCCCAAAAGGUUAUCAAUACGCGAGCAUACAUUAAGGGAAAAAAGACUUUGAGACAGGUGGUAGAUGAUCAUGUUCGAAAUUAUCUUAACAAACAAAGAGAGUUCCGACGAGAGGAUUCUAACCGGAGACGCCAAGAAAUGGCUAGUAAGUUUGCUGAGAAAGAGGAACCCUCGAUUACUCGACAACUUUUUCAAGACUCGGAUGAUGCAGAGAGCAGUGAUGACGAAGAAAUAAAAGAAGAGAAGAGAUUACGCGGGCUGAAUGCUGGUAUAAAAAAAGUAUAUACUGACGACAUCAACAGCUACAAAAGUUCAUAUGCAAAUAACCUGUACGAAAGUAUCCGACAAAGAUUUGGAGAAGCUAUUGAGGCGCGCAAGGGCAAAGCCUAUUUUGAAGACAAUGCUCCUAAGCCGCCAAGAAAGCACAAAAUGUCGAAGCUUGCUAUGAAGCAAUACAAAGAGGAACUAAAAGGCUGGCUUGAUGGAAUCUUUAUUUAA